GUUAUUCUCCUUAGAAAGAUGAAUAGCUAGUAAUAUAAAUAGAUAGAGAACCAAUAUAUAUGAGCCUUUGUCAGCUAGAGUUGUAAAUUAGACCAGAAUAUAAAAUGAAGCUAGCUGUGCUGACCGGACUAGGUUUCUACCUUAGCCUACUAACAGCUGAAGUAUUCACACAAGAGGAAGAGUUCAAAUGUCCUGCCUUCACCAAGUUGACCGAUAAAAUCCACCUGUUUCCUGAUCCUACACAAUGCGACAAAUAUUUUGAAUGUAGGAAUGGAUUGUCAAAAAGGGUUAUAUGUCAAGAUGGCCUUGUAUUUCAUCCUGAAAAACCAGAAGGAGAGGACCCCUGUGAUUUGAAACAUAAUACCCCUGAUAAAUGUAAAACAAGACCAGAACUUCAGAGACCAAAACCAGGAGACAGUCAUUGCCCGAGGCAGAAUGGUGUAUACCCAAGUGAAGAUCCAUUUGAAUGUGAUGUUUUCUAUUCUUGUCUUAAUGGAGUAGGAAGUCCCACCAGAUGUGCCGAGGGACUUCAUUUCUCUGAGGACAUUGGAACCUGUGUCUGGGCCAGGGAGUCAGGGAGAGCUGGUUGUGUGUCUGAGCAAAAUAGAUCUCAGAAGAAGAUGACCGACAAGAAACCAGCUGAUGAUACACCAACAACUCAGAAACCAAAGAGUUUAGAAAAUGGAUUUACGUGCCCUGGAGGAGCUCUCGGAGUACAUCCUGCUCUUCCUCAUCCUACCUCAUGCAGACAAUAUUAUAUAUGCUUAGAUGGAAUAACAGCAACUGAAGCUGGAUGCACUAAGGGUCGAGUAUUUAACCCGGGAACUCAGCAGUGCGAUUCACCACAAAAUGUUCCAGGAUGUGAGGAUUAAGCAUGAGCCUGUACG